AUGUCAAUUCAAACCAGUGAUCCAAAUGAAGCAUCGGAUCUAAAGUCGUUGUCUUUAAUUGCUGCCCACUCCCAUAUUACAGGGUUAGGCCUUGAUGAAAACUUACAACCACGUCCUACAUCCGAAGGUAUGGUGGGGCAGUUGCAAGCGCGUCGUGCUGCUGGUGUGAUACUGAAGAUGGUUCAAAAUGGAGCUAUAGCAGGCAGGGCCGUCUUAGUGGCGGGUCCACCUUCCACUGGUAAGACCGCCCUUGCUAUGGGUGUUUCUCAGUCGCUAGGCAAAGAUGUGCCUUUCACAGCCAUUGCCGGCUCUGAAAUCUUCUCUUUGGAAUUAAGUAAAACUGAAGCUUUAACCCAGGCUUUUAGAAGGUCCAUCGGUAUCAAAAUUAAAGAAGAGACAGAAUUAAUUGAAGGUGAAGUUGUGGAAAUCCAAAUUGACAGGUCCAUAACUGGUGGUCACAAACAAGGUAAAUUAACUAUCAAGACUACGGAUAUGGAAACAAUCUACGAACUGGGUAAUAAAAUGAUUGAUGGUCUAACUAAGGAAAAAGUAUUAGCUGGUGACGUUAUUUCUAUUGACAAGGCCAGCGGGAAGAUCAGCAAGCUGGGUAGAUCCUUUGCUAGAUCCAGAGAUUAUGAUGCCAUGGGUGCCGAUACCAGAUUUGUUCAAUGCCCAGAGGGCGAAUUACAAAAAAGGAAAACGGUAGUUCACACGGUGUCACUACAUGAAAUUGAUGUUAUUAAUUCAAGAACUCAAGGGUUUUUGGCAUUAUUUACGGGUGAUACUGGUGAAAUUAGGUCGGAAGUAAGAGACCAAAUAAACACAAAAGUGGCAGAAUGGAAAGAAGAAGGCAAAGCAGAAAUCGUUCCAGGUGUGUUAUUCAUCGAUGAGGUUCACAUGCUAGACAUUGAAUGUUUUUCGUUCAUAAAUAGAGCUUUGGAAGAUGAAUUUGCGCCCAUUGUCAUGAUGGCAACAAACCGAGGUGUUUCCAAAACUAGAGGGACCAAUUACAAAUCUCCGCACGGGUUGCCUCUCGACCUUUUGGACAGGUCAAUCAUCAUUACAACCAGUAGUUAUAACGAACAAGAAAUCAAGACUAUUUUAUCCAUAAGGGCCCGCGAGGAAGAAGUUGAAUUAUCAUCGGAUGCCUUGGACCUAUUGACAAAGACUGGUGUUGAAACUAGUUUGCGUUACAGCAGUAAUUUGAUUUCCGUUGCUCAGCAAAUUGCCAUGAAAAGAAAAAGCAAUGUUGUUGAAGUGGAGGAUGUUAAAAGAGCGUAUUUGUUAUUUUUGGACAGUGCCAGAUCCGUUAAGUAUGUUCAGGAAAACGAGUCACAAUACAUUGAUGACCAGGGCAACGUUCAAAUAUCUAAUGCUAAGUUAGGAGAUCCUGAUGCGAUGGAUACUACCGAAUAG